AUGGUUCGCGGAGGCAACUACAUUGCCCUGGGUGCAUCAGAAAACCGGUUGGAUUUCUCCAAAAUUCGCCAUUAUGGUUUAUGGGCGUUUCUGCUGCUCAACAUCGCUAUCUUUUUGCGCUUGUCCUAUUCAUUAUGUAGCCUCAAGACUCCGGAAGCGCCUUUUAUAGACUUGAAUGUCGCAAAUUUUGAGCGAUAUCUUCAGCCUAUGGACUUUGCAAAUGCCUCAGCUGUUUUCAACGAGGUGUAUGAUGUUCUGAAGCAGAAGAAUGCGGACAUCAAUCCUAUCGGUGUCAGUUUUAUUCCAGCCUAUAUCCCAGAAGGGACACUAUUGUACCAUUCCAAUCAUCGAGGCCAGCCUCCGAAAACUGUUGAAUGGGUUGCUAUGGACUAUGAGUUCAGCUACAAUUUUGCGCAUCUGAGAAGAAACAGGCCAAGAAAAGGUCAUGAUCCUGGGGGUCCUCCAAAUUUCAAGCCGCCGGGAGGCAAAUGGCCCUCUCAUGGUGACCAUCAGCCAAAUUUUGAUGGUCCUGCAUCAUUGUUCACAUUCCAGGUGACGAAACCUCUGGACAAAGUCAUUGUUCUAGGUGGUGCGUCGGCUGCCAAAUCAUUAACAGGAGAAAUGGACACACAGUUUGUUCUAUCUCAGGUUGCAGAUUACGAUGAUUUUAAUGAGCGGAUUGCUGCCGCUAGGAUUUGCUCGUGGGGGAAGAAACACGGAGGUCUCGAUGGAUAUGUGCGAUUAGAGGUUGGCUUUGAAAUGGUCGUCUGCGACUUUGAAGAGAAAAUGGUUCCAAUUUCCAAUGUGACUCUGGCGAAUGCAACAGAAUUUCUUGACUUCCCUCCAGAGAAGUUUGCAGAUAUCGAUAAUGGAGAGGAUCUGAAUGCCGAAAUAAGUGCGGUCAUCGACGUGGUCGAGGCAAUGACAGGAUUUGAGCAUUAUCUCGCUGGUGCAAGGGCUUAUGAUGGUGAGAAGCGGAUUCUGCUUGAUUUCUCGAAGUUUGUGACUCCGCUGAAUAGGACAUUCGUUCAUCCAGAUCCAUAUCUCAGACGAAUCCACAAUAUUUCAUCGGAAUUGAAAACCGACUUGGUCAACUCAGUGCAAGAAAUGCUGUCAACACCAAACGAUCCGUACAGCUCUACGAACUGGCAGGUGGUAACUGACUACAUUGUUGACAAGUUCGCGCCAAUGCUGGUCAAUGUGAACUCAUCCUUUGCUCUCUAUGGCCAACAUAGGGACCAUCAGACAUUGGGAACCAACCUGACCGCUUAUACAUACAAUUUUGUCAGACGAUACUUGAGCGAACCUGACCACGAGCUUCUUCCAAAACAUCGUGCAAUGGCCAUCUGGGACUACACUCAUCCAUACCAGUCUUUGAAAUCGACAGCAGACUUCUUCCUCUGGAACUCCAUCACCAUUGUUCAGUCGAGGAUAGUGGAUACAAUAUACAGUUGCUUCACCUUGAGCAGGAAGCUACUAUCCCCAUUGACCGGAGCCUCGCUUCCUGAUGACAUAGAUGAUCAGAUUUUGAAAGCCAAGGCUGAGCUGUCUGAUCUCCUGGAAAGUUUGCGUUGGGCAUACUACUACAGAUGCUCCCAGAGCUGUAACUUUGACGAGCUUUGUUUCGUCCCUACCUGGGGACCCUCCCCACUAGGUUUCAGCAAUGCCAAUUCCACUGGCUUUUAUGAUGACGGAACUGGAAGAGCAAGAAUUAAAAAGGAGCUCAGAUGCAUCAACUACGAUUUGCUUCUUCAGAAAAGCGUUAAACGUGGUUGA